AUGUCUGCGACUUCGCCCUCACCUACCGUCACACAUACAACUUAUUCGGGCGUGGGUAUAUCGCUCACGGCCCUCACUAGCAUCACUGUUGCUCUCCGAUGCUCCGUGAAUUACCGAACAUCGUAUCACAAGCUGGCCGCCGAUGAUUUCAUUAUUUUCGUUCAGGGAACACUGUGGUUCUCCAAGGCCCCCAUCGUCUUCCUCUACCUGAAGCUCUUUGGGUCAACCCCAGCAAGGCGACUUUUCCUGAAUACCAAAAAUGCGCAACUGCGAACACACUGGCCGGCGUCAUAUCCCUCCAACCGCGUCCAAUUAGCCGAAGGCGUAGCAUACAUUGUCUUAAAUUCUCCCUUUUCUGUGAUAUGUGGAAUCCCUUGGGGCGGCGCCGAUGCAGACUCCGGCGGAAGCGAAGAAUCAUCCCGGGAUUGCCUGCCUGAGCAGGACCAUACAGUCUUGAGCAUGGGGAAACAAUUCAGGAUCCCCGGAAAGCAUGACAUUGACCAUGUGCGCGCAAAGUCGCUCUCGAGGGUUUCGAAGUUGAGUCCGAGAUUGACAACGUAUUCGGAGAAGCCUGGCACCUGCAAAGACGGCUCACAGCCAUGA